CUUCCUGCCGAGAUGUCUAUUGGCGUGCCGAUUAAAGUCCUACAUGAGGCUGAGGGUCACAUCGUGACAUGUGAGACGAACACUGGUGAGGUGUAUCGAGGGAAGCUCAUUGAAGCAGAGGACAACAUGAACUGCCAGAUGUCCAACAUCACAGUCACGUACAGAGAUGGCCGAGUGGCACAGCUGGAGCAGGUGUACAUCCGUGGCAGCAAGAUCCGCUUUCUGAUUUUGCCUGACAUGCUGAAAAAUGCACCCAUGUUAAAGAGCAUGAAAAAUAAAAACCAAGGCUCAGGGGCCGGUCGGGGAAAGGCUGCUAUUCUGAAGGCCCAAGUGGCCGCAAGAGGGAGAGGACGUGGAAUGGGACGUGGAAACAUCUUCCAGAAACGAAGAUAAAUUUAUCUGUUGGACAGAACUUUGCCCUUAUUGUUUUCUUUUAGGUUAUCUGGGUCGGGGUGCGUGUGUAUGUAUAUGUCCUAGGUUAUCUUUUAACAUCUUUUUCUUUAGAUCUGGGUAAAUGUGAAACUAAAUAAUUGUGGUGGGUUUUUUUCUUUUUGAGAA